UAAGCAUGUGCAAGUUAUCACGUAAAAUUGUUUUUCUUGUUUUGUUAUUUGGUGGGUGUGAUCAAAUAAUUACAAAAAUUCAAAAAAAUGACCAAAACAUUCAAUUGAAAUUGUAUACCAGUAAUAAUUCUGACCCAUAUCAAAUUAAUAUCGGAAACAUAGCCAAUGUUACAAUAGAUCCGGCUAGUAGUUUAGAAAUAUUAAUUCAUGGAUGGCGAGAAACUUCAAAUGACCCUUGGAUUAUAUUAAUGAAAGAUACUUUACUAGAAAAUGGAUCAAAAAAUGUAUUGACAGUAGAUUGGAAAUGGUUGGCCGGUAAAAAAAUUACAAACAUUAUUUGGGAAAAAUUAAACAAUGAAGGUAUACUCUCAACUAAUGAAUGCAAUAUACUGGCAGACGGUGUAAGCGAUGAAAUAUGGAGUAUACUGCCACGUCAAAUUUAUAAAAAUUCGGCUGAAAACAUUCCUAUCGUUGGAAAAUAUGUUGGAGAAUUAUUAAUAUCCUUAGCUGAAGCAAAAAAUAUAAACAUAGAAGAUAUAAGAAUAAGAGGAUUUUCAUUGGGUGCACAUGUAGCAGGAUCAAUAGGUAAAACAAUUAAGUCCAAAACGGGUAAAAAAAUUGGACGUAUAACUGGAAUGGAUCCAGCAGGACCAUUAUUUAGAAAUGUCUCAGCUGCAAACCGCUUAGAUAAAGAUGACGCAAUGUUUACUGAUGUUAUUCAUACUAAUGGAAGGUUAUUUGGACUAUAUAACCCAAUCGGCCAUGUUAAUUUUUAUCCAAAUGGAGGAUGUAUUCAGAUGUGUAAGUUUGAUGAGACCGAAUUUGCAGGUUGUUCUCACGCAUUAGCUUUUAAAUACUUUACUGAGUCUAUAAAGUCUAACAAAUUUAUUUCCACACUUUGUGAUUCAUAUGAGAAUUUUAGCCGAGGAAAUUGUAAUCAUGGACAGAAAGUUGCAAUGGGUUAUCAGUUGAAAGGAAAUGUUACAAGUGGAAAAUAUUAUCUUUAUACAAAUACAUAUCCUCCAUAUGCAAGAGGAGAGGAAACCUAAUCAUUAUUUACACGGAAUGUUCAGUAACUAAUU